AUGUGUGGUAUUUUCGCAGUUUUUAAUUAUCCCAGUGACGUCAACGGCUUUCGCCGGCGAGCCUUAUUACUUUCUAAAAGGAUAAGACAUAGAGGUCCUAAUUGGAGUGGGUGUGAAAUUUCCAGUAACAAUAUUAUUUGCCAUGAACGGUUAGCUAUAGUUGGUUAUGCUGAAAUAGGAAUUGAUGCUGUUAAACGACUUGACGGGAUGUUUUCCUUUGUCCUUCUCGACACGAAUAAAAAUCGAUUUAUUGCCGCACGUGAUCCUAUCGGUAUUACAACCCUUUAUCAAGGUUGGUCAUCAUCUUCUCCCGGUACAGUCUAUUUCGCUUCGGAGUUAAAAUCACUUCAAGAUGAUUGUGAUAAAAUCCUCUCAUUUCCUCCGGGCCAUAUAUAUGACUCUUUAACCGGUGAGACGACAAGAUACUAUCAACCUAUAUGGUGGGACAGCGAUUUUAUACCAACUACUCCAACUGAUUACACCCUAUUAAGGAAAACUUUGGAGAGAGCUGUUCGAAAAAGACUAAUGAGUGAUGUUCCAUUUGGUGUUUUAUUGAGCGGUGGUCUGGAUUCCAGUCUAAUCGCUGCAAUCGCAACGAGGGAGGCUGCUAAAUUAGCUGCUUCCCAUGAUGGUAUUGAAGAUAAUGAAGUUGACGAACGUGUUGUAACUACAUGGACUAAGAUUCAUUCGUUUUCUAUUGGACUUCCCGGAUCUCCAGAUUUGAUAGCUGCACGUUCAGUUGCUGAAUUUCUUGGCACUAAUCAUCAUGAAUAUACCUUCACUAUUCAAGAGGGUCUCGAUGCGGUUCACGAUGUCAUACAUCAUUUGGAAACUUAUGAUGUAACAACUAUUAGGGCUAGCACUCCAAUGUAUUUAUUAUCGAGGAAAAUUAGUGGAAUGGGCGUUAAGAUGGUCUUAAGCGGUGAAGGAAGCGACGAAAUGCUCGGAGGUUAUCUAUAUUUCCAUAACGCACCAUCUGCUGUAGAUUUUCACAAGGAAACUGUUACACGUGUAAAGAACUUACACACUUCUGAUUGCUUACGUGCCAAUAAAUCUACAAUGGCCUGGGGACUUGAGGCUCGAGUUCCAUUCUUGGAUAAAGAUUUCCUUGAUGUUGUGAUGACGAUCGAUCCAGAAGAAAAGAUGCCUAAAGAAGGAAAAAUGGAAAAGUACAUCCUUCGCAAAGCAUUUGAUGUUUCAACAACGGGUGAUACUCAUCCUUAUCUACCCGAUUCGAUUCUCUGGCGUCAAAAGGAACAAUUUUCUGAUGGUGUUGGCUAUGGCUGGAUUGAUUCUCUCCGUGAUAUUAGCGAAAAAUCCGUGACUGAUGAGCAGUUAACGAAUGCUUCCAAACGUUGGUCUAAAGAUCCUCCACAAACUAAAGAAGCCUAUUGGUACAGAGAUCAAUUUGAAAGUUUAUUCCCAGGAGAUCAUUGUACUGAAAGUGUAGUAAGAUGGAUUCCAAGGAGAGAUUGGGGAUGUCCUGAAGAUCCAUCUGGUCGUGCUCAAA